AGACUCAGUCAAAAUAAACACUGAUUGAAGACGUGGGCGCGUUCCACUUAAAACGAACAGUAGCGGUGAAGGUUCGGUACACGGGUGAACUGUAUUCCUGAGCCGUUGGAUAAAUGAUUUUUUUUUAACAUGGUUGACAAGAACGGGGUACGUUUUUCGGCCGAAAUGUGUUGUUUUCUAUAUCGAAAAUCUCAAAAGACUUCAUAUUUCAAAAACGAAAUAUCACCCUCAAUAGUUUAAGUAUUCCGAGGAUUUGAAAACUGCUAUCCUCACAGUGACGCUUGUAGUAGGCAUACUGUUGGCUGCCAUUUUGGCAGCAGGUUUUUCGAUGACUAGGGUUGGCACGAUCGUUGGGGGCCGAGGACAGGUUCUCUCUACCGUUUGCGUGAGUGGUACGCACCAGUAGUCCUGUAGGUUAAUUGAAUAGUCAAAAGGUCAUAGUUUAUUGUGCUUUGAAAAUAAAAUGACUAAAUGAUUUGACUUUGACUCGUAAAACAGCUUGCUCUUUCUCUACCGUGACUGCAAACCCACACACGUUCAAGUUCAUACUGAAGCCACUCAGCAUGCCUUUCCGGUUGGACUUCGCUGUGAAGAUCGAGAGAGAUGCCGCAAUAUCCCUCUCAGAGAACACCACACAUGGGUCCAUCUUUGCCGAGAUGAAUAUUGGAGGUUCGGUGAAUGGUCGCGCAGUUAUGAGACCCUGCUAUUAUGUCGAGUGCCCUGGCGUGGAUGCUACUCACGAUGAGGCAGGUCUGGUUGACGCCAAUGAAUACCGCCCCUUCUGGAUCGACUACAAAGGGGGCGUGGUCAGGGUUGGUAAAGGAGGACAGGAGGUGGCUUUCUUGGAGUGGGACGCCGGUGCACAUCACCAGGGAGUAGUAACCCAAGUACGUAUUGGUAUCGCUUCAUGGGCUAGCGCCAACGGAGACUGGGUGUUUUACAAAUUUUGCGAGUGAGAAUUAGGACCGCUGGUUUUGCUAAACAAAAUACGAGGUAAAUGUAUUACUUCAUAGUAAAAGUGAAAUUGAGUCCCAAAACAAACUUCAUUCUUAUCAUACUAGCAUCUGUGUCUAAAUAUUCCCGUAGUAGUAAACAGGUACUUUAGGGAAUUUUUUUCUCAGCCACAGCUUUGUGAAUAUGCUAUACAUGUAAUUCUUUUUGUGUUGUACGUAUAUUUCUAUUUACU